AUGACUUUCUGUUUCUCCCCUCCAAUGAGCCACAGUAUAUAACUCACCUCUAUCAAGUAUUGUCACUCAAACUCCUUUUUUUUCUCCAACAAGGACUUGCAAACUUCAAAAGCAAUGGCUAUGUCUGUCUUGUUCUUUCUUCUUUAUGCUUCUGUAGGAAUUGUGAAUGCAUUUCCUCAUCCAGACAAAAUCAUUCUAUUGCCUGGACAACCUCAAGUGGGAUUUCAACAGUUCUCAGGCUAUGUCACUGUUGAUGACAAAAAACAAAAAGCUCUCUUUUACUACUUUGUGGAAGCAGAAACAGAUCCAGCUUCCAAGCCUCUUGUUUUAUGGUUAAAUGGAGGACCUGGUUGUUCUUCUGUGGGAGUAGGUGCAUUCUCUGAGAAUGGUCCAUUUAGACCAAGGGGACAAUUUCUUGUUAAGAAUGAACACAGCUGGAACAAAGAGGCAAAUAUGUUGUACUUGGAGUCUCCAAUUGGGGUUGGCUUUUCUUAUUCAACUAAUACUUCUUCCUAUGAUACAGUUAAUGAUGAGAUAACAGCUAGGGACAAUGUUGUGUUCAUGCAACGCUGGUUCAACAAAUUCCCACAGUAUAGAAACAACAAUUUGUUUUUAACGGGGGAGAGUUAUGCAGGCCAUUAUGUACCUCAACUUGCUAAGCUCAUGAUUGAGGUUAACAACAAAAAGAAGUUGUUCAAUCUGAAAGGAGUUGCACUGGGUAAUCCGGUUCUGGAAUUCGCCACUGACUUCAAUUCGAGGGCUGAGUACUUCUGGUCUCAUGGCCUAAUAUCAGACUCUACAUACAAAAUGUUCACUUCCUUUUGUAAUUAUUCUCGCUAUGUGAGCGAGUACUACAGGGACAAUGUAUCGCCAAUGUGUUCAAGAGUCAUGAGCCUAGUAAGUAGAGAAACCAGUAAAUUUGUGGACAAAUAUGAUGUUACCCUGGAUGUCUGUAUGUCAUCAGUGCUCUCUCAGUCCAAAAUUAUUAGUCCACAAGAAAAUGCUGAGAAGAUAGAUGUCUGCAUCGAUGAUGAAACAGUCAAUUACUUAAAUCGACAAGAUGUGAGGAAGGCUCUGCAUGCCAGGCUUGUUGGUGUUCACAGCUGGGAUGUUUGCAGCAACAUUCUAGAUUAUCAAUUGCUUGACAUAGAGAUACCAACCAUCUCUAUAGUAGGAUUGCUUGUCAAGGAGAGAAUUCCAGUCUUAAUUUACAGCGGGGAUCAAGAUUCUGUUGUUCCAUUGACCGGAAGCCGCUCCGUUGUACAUACACUAGCAAAACAGAUGAGGCUGAACACUACUGUACCCUAUAGAGUUUGGUUUGCAGGGAAGCAGGUUGGUGGUUGGACUCAAGUGUAUGAUAAUAUCCUAUCAUUUGCCACCAUUAGAGGUGCUGCUCAUGAAGCUCCGUUCUCUCAGCCAGAGAGAUCACUUGUUCUGUUCAAGUCAUUUCUUCAAGGCAGGGCACUUCCUGAAGUAUUCUAAGAUCCCAAAUUGGUGAAUGAUGAUGGACAGCCAGAGUAAAUAGGUCUUUCAUGUGCAUACACUUCGCAAUUAAAUGUAAAAGGAUCUUGGUUUUUUCGCUUUUGCUCGUAAAGAUUAGAAGAAGAUGUCGAGGUGCGCGCAAGCUGGUCAGGACGCCACGAUUAUCAAAAAAAAGUUACUGUAGAAGAAGACUAGAAGAGUCUGAAAUGUUGUGAUAGGAAGAAAAAUGUGUGAUCUUUAGGGCCUCCUAUGUGAAUUUAGUUUCUUUUUUCUUUCUUCAAAGUUUGGCUGGAAUGCAAAUGAAUGCAGGAAAAGCAUCUGUAAGUUUUGUUGAAAGCAACCUUUUCCGUCUUUCGGUAGCAUAAAGAAAAUAGAUUCAGAGUGACAAA